CUAUUACUAUUCUAGUCCCGUCUUUAGCUGCCUUCUUCCGAGCAUAUGCAUAUCUCCUCGCUCUCUGCGCUUUUUCUUACUCUGUAAUUACGUGCCCUGCAAGCUACUCAAGCCUCAUUCCUCCCUCUCUGCUAUCUCUUUUCCGCUUUUCCUUUCUCUUCUCGUUAUGGUUUUACUUCAAAGCCUUAACACCACUAUUACUCAAACUGAAACUGAAACCGCAACUGCAACUCAACUCUCUUCUUCUGAUGGCCACCCCAUCGAAACGCCGCGUUUCAGUCAAGACUUUGAUUCUACCUGCUCCACUCCCUACGUUAGUGCACCUUCGAGCCCCGGUCGUGGUCCCACCUCGGGAUACUUCUUUAGCGCGCCGGCUAGUCCCAUGCAUUUCGUGCUUUCUUCUGCUCCGUCCUCCACGUGUCAUCAUUCAUCCGAUUCCUUGUUAAUCUCGGCGCAAUCAGAUGGGUCGUCUUUCGAGUUCGAGUUCUCGUCUCGCUUCUCUAACAGUGGUUCGGUAGCCGUUGGGUCCAUGAGCUCGGCUGACGAGUUGUUCUUGAACGGCCAGAUCAGGCCCAUGAAGCUCUCCUCUCACUUGCAAAGACCUCAAAACCUAGCUCCUUUAUUAGAUCUAGAUGUCGAAGACGAUGACGUGGAAUUCAAAAACGACAAGGAAGCUUCUAGAGGAAGAGAUCUGAAACUCCGAAGCAGAUCUCUUCACAGAAAGGCGAGAUCAUUAUCACCGCUUCGAAACGCAGAGUUUCAAUGGGAAGAAGAAGAAGUAGUGUGUAGCAGAGAAGAACAAAAAGAAGUUAGCCAGGGCAUUUUGGAAGGUUUAAAAGAAACAGUUACUUCAAACGAAACGACUCCGUCAUCUUCUGCUUCUUCAUCAAGAUCCUCAUCAUCCGGCAGAAACUCCAAAAAAUGGAUAUUCUUAAAAGAUCUUUUAUAUCGAAGUAAAAGUGAAGGAAGAGGAAAUGAGAAGGAAAAGUUUUGGACUUCCAUUUCUUUCUCUCCGUUAAAAGAAAAGAAGGUUCAAAUUCAAGAGGAAAAGCCACCUCCUUUGAAACAGAAACAAAAGGAAAACAAACCAGGAGUAGGUAAAAAACUGAGUUCUGGGAAGCCAUCAAAUGGGGUAGCAAAACGACGGGUGCCGCGGUCGCCGCACGAGUUACACUACACGAAAAACAGAGCUCAUGCUGAGGAAAUGAAGAAGAGGACUUACUUGCCUUACAGACACGGAUUGUUUGGGUGCUUAAGCUUCAGUUCGAAAGGUUACGGUGCACUUAACGGACUCGCCAGGAGUUUAAAUCCAGUCUCAUCCAGGUAGUUAACGGAGGACGGAUUUAGAAAAAGGGUCUUUAUUUUAUGUAUAGUUUCUUUUUCGGGGUUUUUUGAGGAUAUUAAAUUAUAUAAUAAUAUAGUUUAAUGUAUUUUUAUUGUAAGUUUCAGGUUGCCUAAUUGCCUUUUACUACUAGUACUAUGUUUUUGUACAGUAGAAAGAAGCUAUAUUAUGUUUUAAUCGAAGUUGUUAAAGCUUCUUCAGCUGCCUGCCUUGCAUUAUCUGAAUCUGAAUUUUGAAAGUUUGUUAAUUGCAUUUACCCUAUCGAUUAAAACCGUUUGAAGAGUCGUUAAGAAUUUGGAUUUGAAUCAAAAUUUUCUGUUUUCUCCUUAUACUAAAAUUGUGUAUGUAACAAAAAAAAAUAUUUCUUAUCACUCUAGGACCUGGCAACACCCUAUUUUUUAUUCUUUUCUGGUGGGGAGGUUGCCUUGCCGUGCAAUAAUUUAUUUGUGUUUCUGUUUAGCAUCUGAGUUCCCCUGCCUUUUUCAGACUACUUGCAUGAGACUCUGUGAAAUGGUAGUGGCAUCUUUUGUUGUUUUUGUCUUCUUGUUUUCGUAGGGUAGUGUUGUCGUGGAUGGAUAUUUUUAUUGUAUGUGUUCACUAUUAUUAAGGAUACAUUAGUUCUUCAUUAUCUGGUGUGGGGUAUUUCCUCCCUGUGGACCAGUUUUUGUUUGUUAAUCACCACAACCUUCUUUCCGAAGCUUUGAUUUUUCAGGUUGUUUGUCCCCCCUUGCAAGUACUGAAUGAUAGAAAGGACAGGUUAGGGAUUAUGCGGGGGUGGUGGCUAAUUCCUGCACGUUUGUGAAGAUAACAAAUCAUAAGUAGUAUCCCAUCGUUUCUAAGCCUCACCCAACAGAUUAAUUUGCUGCU